AUUAAUCAAAGGAAUUUAAUUUUUAAUGCAAUACCAGUGUAAAACAGGUUUAUAUUAACAACUAAUAGGAUAAAGAGUUAUUUUCAUUUUAAAUGUAAAUUAAAAUAAAAAGAAUAUUUUAUGAUGUUACGAUUUUCCUUCGAUUUGAUGCGAGGAAUUGGGAGUCGCUGCUAAGCUGAAGAGAGAAGAAAUUGAAAUAGGGUUUGCUCAAUCUUCUUCUUCUUGAUUCCAACACAAGAUUCAAUUAUUCGUCCAGGACCGAGGUUCUAAGCUAAUGGUGAAACCAAAGAAAAGGGACACUGGAAAAGUUCCUGGUAAAAAGAGUGGUACUGCACAUCGCCUUAAUGAUACUCCAGGCCUUGAAAAUCAGCAUGAGGAUGGUGAUUGGGUUAUAGUGAAAAAGCAGAGAGUCACCAUUCUGGUGUCUGCUGCACCUCGUGGCGAGGGAGACCAAGAACCGAGUCAUGUGCAUCCUAUGCCUCCUGGAACGUUAAGUAGUAACCGCGUGGAGCUUCCCAUGGAGACUUCUACACUAAAUCCUUCAGGUAGUGAACACGAGAAGACCAUUCUACCAGCUGCCGAAGAGGAGACUCGCGCUGUGGGAAGAGCUUCUCCUCCCUUACCCAAAUCACCUUUAGCCAAUUCCCCAUGGGUGGAUCAAAGAAUAGAACCAGAAAAUCCACAUCAAGUGAGUACUUUGAAGUCACAUGAAUUACUUGGAGUAUCUAAUGCAUCAAAAGCUAUUAGGCAGCCCAGAACAUUACUUGCACCAAGAAUGUCUUCCAAUUUGGUUACUCUAAGUCAUGGUCUGCGGGCAUCGAAUCUGACAAGAAAGCUAGAAAGAGCUGGUGGGUUGAGCAGGUGGCUGACAUCACUUGGACUGGAGCAGUUUGUGAGAAUUUUUCAAGGGAAGAGAGUCAGCAAGUAUCACCUAGCUAACCUCACCAUGCAAAAACUCAAGGAUAUGGGCGCCAGUGCUGUCGGACCUCGCAGGAAACUGAUCCACGCCAUCGACUGUGUUUGCCAGCCAUAUUGCUUCGAGGCCCUAUAGAAGUCCAUAAGAUCUUGAACUUGUUAGAUACACAAACGUUCCAAGCCUCUAGGGCACUGUCCAAAUUCAAGACUUAGUUUCUGGGUACUAUUGUGAUGGUUCUAGCACUAGGCCUAAAUAGUUUUCUUAAGAGAUUUCUGGCCUUGUAUAUAUUUUAAACUAGUUCAGUCUGAGAAAUAUUGUUAUUGUUACUGUCACAAGACACUUUUUUAGGAUGUGGGGAAUUCUUUCAUUGGGUAAACUUCCUUUGGGGCUUCUAUUACAAACAGAUCCUUAGAGAAUGAAAUCUUUGGGUAAAAAAAUGUGUAAUUUGCAAUUUUCUGAGACUGCUAAUAAUCCUUGUUGUUA